AAGCAGCCUACCAUAUUGAAAACUUCUUGUAAAGUUGUAAAAUGUACAAUAUUUCAUAAUAACUUUUAAGGUGUUUUAAUUGUUUUUUUAUAAUUUUUUAGUAUGGCUGAAUCUGGACCGUCCACGGUAUCUGGUGAUACAAGUCCUUUAACAUCAGAAAAAAGUAGUGGAAGCGAAAAUUUUGAAGAAUUAGGUGGAGAUGAAUUUGAAUUAUCUACAAAUCCACUUGGAAAUGAUGAUGUUAAAAUCGUAGUAAAUGAACCUGAACCCAAUGAAUCACCAACACAUAUUGAUGAUAAUCUACCAGAGACUGUUACACUAUUAAGGACUCCAGAAGGCGGCAAAGUUUAUUUAAUAGGCACUGCCCACUUUAGUAUUGAAUCACAAAACGAUGUUAGUAAUAUUAUUCAAGCUGUAGAACCCGAUGUGGUUGUGGUUGAAUUAUGUUCUUCAAGACUAAAUAUUUUACAAUUAGAUGAAGAAACUAUCAUGCAAGAAGCAAAAAAUAUUAAUUCGGAAAAGGUCAUAGCAAUGAUUCGGCAAAAUGGAUUAACAAAUGGUAUCAUGUAUUUACUAUUUUUAAAUAUGAGUGCUCAUAUUACGAAAGAAUUGGGUAUUGCUCCUGGUGGUGAAUUCCGUACAGCAUUCAAUGAGGCAAAAAAAAUUAAAAACUGUUCAAUUCAUUUGGGUGAUCGACCAAUUAGCAUCACUCUACAACGAGCAUUAAAAGCGUUGUCCUGGUGGCAAACGAUAAAAUUAGCAUGGCGAUUACUUACAACAAAUGAUUCAAUUAGCAAGGAGGACGUAGAAAAAUGUAAACAAAGAGAUCUCUUAGAGCAACUAAUUAGUGAAAUGGCUGGAGAAUUUCCAGCUUUAGGUGAAGUAUUUGUAAAUGAACGAAAUAUAUACUUAACACAUUCCUUACAGUGCUGUAGUGUCCCUCAAAGAAUUAGCGAUGGUAAUGUUAAAGUGCCAAAAGUUGUUGGUGUUGUAGGGAUUGGUCACGUACCUGGUAUUCUCAAUUUAUGGGGUACACCACAAGAUCAUAAAAUAUCCGAUAUACUAAUUGUACCACCACCAACUUUAGCAUCGAAAGUAAUUAAAUUUUCAAUCCGAUUAGGUUUAAUUACAUUAGUUGGUUAUACAGGAUAUAAAGGUGCAACUUAUACAUUUCGAUUUUCAAAAAAUUUGGUUUUCAAUUUUAUUAAAGCAUAUCAAUGACUAAUCAAUUUUCAAAUUGGUCCUAGUUUAGAACAACUGAAUGCUAUAUGAAAUACAAUACAAAGUGUUUGUUUUCCAUGUUUUUAUAAAUGAAAUUCAAUAUUGUUCCAUAUGUACUGCAUUUCUUAUCAGGGUGAUCCACCAAAAAUCAAACGGAUAAAACACAAAAAAUUUAACUAUUUUCAUAAUUUUUAGAUAAAAGAGUUUAGGGUAAAUAUUUUAGGAUUAAUUAAAUUUUCUAAAAUCAAUUAUUUGCAAAGAGGUAUGCAGUCUAAAGUUCAUGUUUCAAUAUCUCAAAAGCUAGCCAGUUAUCGAAAAACUUUACUCUUGUGAAAUUUUAGGUUCUAAUUUUCUUAUAGAAUGAUAAUCAUCAAAAUCCGAUUGAUCAAGAAAUCGUAGUUAAGCAAAUUUUAUGAUAACUUAGUUGUUUGGGAACUACUACUUGGUGUACCAAAAUUUUAAACGUUUCAUCGCGUAGUUGUUUGUAACUGAACUACGUGACGAUGAUUUAUAUUCCUCUUGAUCGGUAUUAAAUAAUUUCUAUUAUUUCAAAACUCAUACCGAAAAAAAUUUUCAAACAGGCAAUUUUUUUUAUAAACUAUUAUGCUACUUUUUGAAACAAAUGCUAGUAGCUUCCUAUUAAAAAAUAAAUUA